GUGACCAGGAGUCGACGUGUGCAGAAGUCCUUAUAGUCCAGGGCCUGUUUCCCUGUAGCAGCUCCGUAUUGCUGGAGAAGGAGAAAAGCGCCCCGGAUCCUUUCAGGAGUCUUGGUCUUUUGGGCGCGACUCAAAUCGAGUGAGGGAAGAGGCAGGAAAAUCCCCUGGAUCCCUGCAGGAUUGACUUAUUCAAAAGAAGUAACAGAAAAAUACUCAACAUGCAAAAGUCUUGUGAAGAAAAUGAAGGAAAACCACAGAACAUGCCAAAGGCUGAGGCAGAUCGCCCUUCGGAAGCUGUACCACAGGAGGCAGAAGGAAAUCCUCAACCUUCCGAAGAAGGUGUAAACCAGGAAGCAGAAGGAAGUCUUAGAGGAGGGCUGACCCAACCUGGCCAGGGGUUUAAAGAGGACACUCCUGUGAGGCAUUUGGACCCUGAAGAAAUGAUAAGAGGAGUAGAUGAGUUGGAAAGGCUUAGGGAAGAGAUAAGAAGAGUAAGAAAUAAGUUUGUGAUGAUGCAUUGGAAGCAAAGACAUUCACGCAGCCGUCCUUAUCCUGUGUGCUUUAGGCCUUGAAUUCUUUUUUUGUCUGAUAUUAAAAUCUGGCCCUUUCUUUCUUUCUGUAAGCGUUUUCUGAUGUAUCUUUGACCUUCAUUUUACUUUAAUCAUCUGGUGGAAUUUUGUUUUAGGUAGUUCCCUUGUCACCAGUAUCUCACUGGAUUUUGUAUUUUGACCCAUUCUCCAGGUCUGUUUUUCAGUUGGAAGGUUUCACACAUAUGCAUGAAAAUAUAUUCAUUCUAUAUUGUAAAGUAAGACAUAACUGGUUACAAAGCAGUAUAUUUAGUAUCAGCUCACAUAUGUAGAAUUAAAUCCCGAAUUGUGUGCGUGCGUGUGUAUACAUAUAUCAAAAACUUAACUGCUUAUUUCUGUGUGGCGUGACCUUUUUUCUUUUUGCUUUAAUGUAUUUUUUCAUGAACACAUGUCACACACACAAAAAGAAUUAAAGUUUUAUAAGUUAGAGUCAAAUAAUUUGCAACCAGCUUAUAAGGGCAAUGGGGGCACCUAAACUCGAUGGAAGAACUGUAAGAAAUAUGUAAACCUCAAAUUACGUCUGGAUCUCUUAGCCAGAGGAAUAAAACUGGCAAUUAAUACAGA